AUGGAUACCGAGAAGCCUUUACCGGCAGCGUGUGACCAUGUUGAAGUUACCGACGCUGCCAAUACCUACCAAUUGGAAAAUGCUCGUCUAGCCACGGAAGACGAACAUCGCUUGACGAUGGUAGAGGCUAUCCGAAAGUACUACAAGGCCUGUUUAUUUUCCAUGGUAAUUUCUUUGACUAUUAUCAUGGAUGGCUAUGAUGGAGCCCUCCUGGGCUCCCUGGUUGCAUUUCCAUCAUUCAAGAACCACUUCGGUCACUACGUGAACGCCGAAUCUGGGUAUCAGAUCGCAGCCAACUGGCAACUCGCCCUAGGCUGCUCCAGCUCUGUCGGCAAUAUUAUCGGCAUCUACCUUGGUGCUAUUACGACCGACCGGCUGGGCUAUAAGAGGUCAUUGAUGGUGUGGUUGGUGUGGCUGACGGCCUGCAUUUUUAUUUCAUUCUUCGCUCCACAUAUUUCUGUUGUUUUUGUUGGCGAACUUCUGUCAGGAACAUCCUGGGGAGUCUUCGCCACAUUAGCACCCCCAUAUGCUUCUGAAGUCUGUCCUGCUGUAUUGCGAGGCUUGCUGGAGAUCUGGAUCGUCAUCUGUUGGGGUAUUGGACAGUUGCUCUCAUAUUCUGUUCUCCUCACCCUCAACACCGAACUUUCAGACUGGGCAUGGCGCAUUCCAUUUGCCGUUCAAUGGGCUUGGCCAGUUAUAAUUUUUCCCCUAGUUACUUUGGCACCGGAGUCGCCCUGGUGGCUUGUUCGCAAAGGCAAAUAUGCCGAAGCCGAGAAAGUGGUCAGGCGUCUCGCGAGUGCGGAUAUCACCGAGGAAGAAGUCCGCCGCACCGUGGCCAUGAUGAUCGAAACGGAUAACAUAGAGAAAAGCAUGCACGAGGGUGCGGGCUAUCUUGAUUGUUUCCGCGGAGCGAGUAACUUGUGGCGCACCGAGAUUUCCUGCGUCGCCUGGGCAGCCCAGUUAUGGUGCGGGUUCGUUAUCUCUUCCUAUGCCACAUAUUUUUACGAGUUGGCCGGCCUUGCAUCCUCAGAUGCAUAUAAGAUGAGCGUGGGUCAAGGCGGCCUUCAUAUUUUAUUCAAUCUCCUCUCGAUUCCUGUUGUUGCAAAAGUGGGCCGCCGACGUCUAUACCUCUGGGGACUAUCAUGGAUGGCCUCUAUGCUACUUUUGAUUGGAUUUGUAGCGUUGGCACCACAGAAUGUCGCCGUUGGAUACGCAUCCUCCGUGCUCUUCCUACUGUGGAAUUGCGGCUACGAGCUCACAGUCGGACCAGCAGCCUACAUUCUUGUCAGCGAAGUCUCUUCUACUCGUCUGCGCAGCAAAACUGUUGCUCUGGCUAGAAAUGCGUACAACCUGUCAUUGUUGAUCAACUACUUUGUGGGCCCCUACAUCCUCAACCCAACUGAGGGCAACUGGAAAGGCAAGGCUGGAUUCCUCAGCGGUGGUAUCAACAUCGUCCUGUUCAUUUGGGCCUUUUUCCGGCUUCCAGAAACCCGAGGCCGCACAUUUGUUGAGCUGGAUGUUCUCUUCUCGAAAAAAGAACUCAAAGCAAGGGAUUUUAAGUCUCAUUAUGUAGAUUUCAGUGAGCUUCAUAAGACAAAACUAAACAAGACCGAAAAUGAUACGGAGGUUGCAUGA